AUGUCGUCUUUCGAUUCUGCGAAGCUUUUCCAGUCCUACCAAAGCCAUCAGGAUAUCAAACAAUACCUAGAAAAUCUGCUUCAACGAUAUUCGAGCAAAAUUGAAAUCUUUUCCCGUGCCGAAUCAUACGAAGGACGCGAAAUACUCACCGUACGCAUCUGUACGGAUGUACAGCAGAAGCGUCCACCAUCGAACCGUUGGUGCAUACUGAUCGAUGCCGGUAUACAUGCCCGGGAAUGGAUUACUGUGUCCGUUGCGCUCUUCAUCGUGCAGCAGCUUCUCGAAAAGGAUGAAAUCAGCGCCAAAAGUUUCCGUAGCUUCGAGUGGAUUAUACUACCGCUGCUAAAUCCGGACGGUUACGAGUAUAGCCGGGAGCAUAACAAAAUGUGGCGCAAAACGCGUCGACCGCUGGGGCUAAGAAAUCACCACCGUAGCUGUGUCGGUGUGGAUUGUAAUCGCAACUUUAACGUUGCGUGGACCAUCGGUAGUACCCGGUUCUGUUCACUACUCUACCGUGGAGAGAGACCCUUUUCCGAGCGGGAAACUAAGAAUGUGCGUGACGUUUUUCGCAAACUGAGGCCGUCGUGCAAGUUCUACCUUUCGCUACACUCGUACGCGAAAGCUAUUCUUUACCCGCGCGCUUACACAAGAACGCCUCCAAGAAACUGGCAGAUGCAGCACACGAUCGCCGAGGCGGGCGUAGAAGCGAUGAAGAAAGCGACUGGUGUACGGUACCGCUGUGGCAGUGCUUCGACGGUACUAAAUCGUCCCGUCGGUGGCUCUAGCAUCGAUUAUGCUCACGACAUCGAGAAGGUCCCGGUGGCGCUCGUGAUGGAAGUCGCGUCCAAAGGUUUCCAUCCACCGGAAGCGAACAUACAGCGAAUUUGCGAAGAAAGUUGGAUCGGUAUCGGUGCGAUGGUAAACUGUCUGGCGGCAAGUUUUCGGUCGGUACUGAAAGGUAGCGGAACGUUACAUUUGCGCUAA